UACUUUUAAUGCAGGACAACAAAAAGCGCCCUUUUACACGCAACACCGACAGCUGGGCUGCUGAUAAUUAUGACCUUUUUUUCAAGCACGCCGCUUGUUCGAUAAAAUGUCCCGACGAUAAAAGAGUUCCCUCUUAGAAACACUUGAAAAUUUCAGAAGCAAUCAUGAUAGUCUACAAUCUUUUUGACGGCUUCAAGGAAAUUCUGAAGAUUCAAAAGUUCCGAAGAAUUGUGUCAUACACUGGAUUCUAUUGCUUUGUUGCUGUUUUGAGCUACGCUUAUACAAGCAACACAACCAGAGCUGGGUAUUCGAGGGCUGAUCAAUUCUAUGCUUCUUACCCUGCUGGAACUGAGCUUUUAACUGACACUGCUAAGUUAUAUAAAGCAGCAUUAGGCAAUUGUUUUGAGUCAGAGGAAUGGGGUCCGAUUGAGUUCUGUAUCAUGGCUAAACACUUCGAGCGUCAAGGGAAAUCGCCAUAUGCCUAUCACGCGCAAUACAUGGCCCACCUCCUUUCUCAUGGUCAACUAGAUGGAAGUGGCUAGAACCUAGAAGGGGGAAAAUUCAACUACUAGAUGAGUGAAAACGUACUAGUACCAUACACGUGAAAUGGACUCGUGGUGAUACUUGUAGUACCAAUGUGAGAAGAACAGAAAUUAUACUGUUUAGGAUACCAACUGAAUUUCUGUUUAAAAUAAGAAUGUGUGUUGGCACAUUAAUUGAGUUCCUUGGUCUAUGGUUUGGACUUUGUUUAGACUUCAGAGGCCAUAAUUUGCACCAUUGGUCAUGGACUUUCCAGUUUCUGCCAUUAGUGUCUAUUUCAGAAACUUAUGUUCUAACAGUGUCUUACAUUCGCUGCAGUUGUUAAGGAUUAUUAAAGAAAGAAAAGA